UAUUUGUUCCUGAAUCACCACCACCGUCUCUUUCUUCUUCUUCUUCUUCCUCAUUUCUCUCAAACCUCGCGCUCCCUUCCUCCCCAUUCUUCCUUCUUUCAAAACCUUAAGAUCUAGCUAGGGUUUUUUUUUUUGUAUUAGCUUCUCUCUCUUAGGGCUUUUUUCAAAUUCUUCAAUGGCGAUCAUCGGAGACGCGUUGCGUCAAGCGUUUAUGCCGAAGCAGGAGUACGAGAGCCUCAGGGAGGAAGACAGAGCCUGGAUUAAGCUCCAGAGGCCUGUGCUAACCUCGAUCGUGGCUUUCCUUUGCUUCGUCAUCUUCACUUGCACCGUCGUCAGCUUGAGAAUCGUGUUCCCUUCGAAUGUCCUGAGGAGGCCCUUCUGCAGCGACGUAAAGGUUCAGCCUUUGCCUGUGUAUGGCAAGGCUCGCGACUCCGAUCUGUUUCCUGGCGCUUUUUACUUGACGGAUCAGGAGACUGUGGAUUUUUACUGGAUGGUUGUUUUCGUUCCGUCGACGAUGGUCUUCCUUGUGUCGUCUGUUUAUCUUGUUGCAGGAAUAUUUGUGGCUUAUUCCGUUCCUCACCGUCACUGGUUUCUAAAAGUCGUUGAAAAUAACUACUGUGCUUCAAGAAGAGGUGGGGUUCGUUGCCUGUCAAUUCUGAAUGUUGUGUUUGCUAUCAUCUAUUGUCUCCUCGCUAUAUUUCUCGGCUCAACCCUCCUGACACUAGGAAGCAGCUGUUCUAUGCCAUUGUUUUGGUGCUACGAAAUAUCUUCAUGGGGUUUGGUAAUCUUGUAUGCUGGAACUGCUUUCUCCCUUAGAAGAAGAGCCGCUUUAACUAUAGACGAAGGAGAGUUUGGUAACAGAAAUCAUCAGGGCUUGGAGAUGCUUGAAGCCAAUCCUUUGGUAUUCACGCCAGAGGUUGAAAGACGAGUGAACGAGGGGUUUAAAGCAUGGAUGGGUCCAUCUUUGUUAUCAUCUGAUGAAGAAGAAGACGAACCCGAGUUUUACAACGAAGUUCCCAAUGUCACAGCUCAUACUCUCUCUAGCAGGCAAAGAUCUUGAAUAUUGAUUAGAAGAAUAUGAAGUAUGACACUUU